AUGGGUUAUUUCAAUUGCUUUGCUUUGGGAUUCUUCAUGGCUUUGUCGUUUGCAAGCAUUGAUGUUGGGGUUGCAGCUCGUCACCUUCAGCAACUACCUCCAAUGCCAACAUUGCCUACAACCACACUCCCACUAUUCCCAUCUAUCCCUAAUCUCCCACAGCCAUCCAUACCAUCUUUCCCAAGGCCUGGGGCGCUUCCUCCACUUCCUACAACAUUGCCAAGUGUUCCAAGGGCCACACUGCCUCCUCUGCCAAGCAUGCCUUCAGUCCCUACAAUCCCAACUACAAUUCCCUCUAUUCCUUUCUUUUCUCCACCACCUUCUCCUUAA